UCAGCAUUAGAGUCAGCGAGAGAGACACAAGACCUAGUCUGAGAGCAAGACUGAGAAAAGGAGGCAUUCAAAUAUAAAAGUUGCUCAGGAUCAAACCAUAAGCCGUAUUCAUUAUUGAUUUUUCAUUUUGCGAGUUUCUUUCACUCUUUGAUCAUGAGGCACAAGCAUCUGCUGAGUCUGGUUCUUCUGUUAGCACUGACAGAGAACAUCCUGAUGCAAACAUCCUGCGUACUUGGAUAUGUAAAGCGCAGUGGAAAUUGUGUAGAGGACAAUGAGUGUGUGUCUCAACCAUCCAUUUGUGGAAAAAAUGCAAGAUGCUUCAACACUGUUGGCAGCUACUACUGUCAAUGUCAUGAAGGAUUCACAACACUUUCAGCUCAUAAUUUCACACAAGCGGAUGCAAUUUCAUGCAAAGACAUCAAUGAAUGUGUGGUUGGCAGCGCUGAUUGUAGUCCUAAUACAGAAUGUGUCAAUUCUGAAGGAGGAUAUAAAUGCACAUGUGCGACUGGCUACAUUUCCAGCAAUUCAGGACAAGGAGUUCAGUGUAUUGACAUCAAUGAAUGUGUGGUUGGCAGCGCUGAUUGUAGUCCUAAUACAGAAUGUGUCAAUUCUGAAGGAGGAUAUAAAUGCACAUGUGCGACUGGCUACAUUUCCAGCAAUUCAGGACAAGGAGUUCAGUGUAUUGACAUCAAUGAAUGUGUGGUUGGCAGCGCUGAUUGUAGUCCUAAUACAGAAUGUGUCAAUUCUGAAGGAGGAUAUAAAUGCACAUGUGCGACUGGCUACAUUUCCAGCAAUUCAGGACAAGGAGUUCAGUGUAUUGACAGAAAUGAAUGCAAUGAUCCCAGUUUUUGUGGAAAACACGCAUCAUGUCAUAACACUGCUGGAGGUUUCUACUGCAUCUGUGAUGCUGGAUUCAGACUAAAGUCAGGAGAAACUAACUUCACUGAUACAAGUGAACUCUGCGAGAGUGUAUGUGACGUUGAUAAAUCUAUAUGUGGAGGAGGAGUCUGCAAAAACAGCAAAGACGGCCUUGAAUGUUUGUGCUUAGGAUUCACCAACUAUGGUCACAAACAAAUGAAAUGCACAGAGCUAAAGUGCGACAGAUUAUUUAGUGAGAGCAAAGCAUCUCAGGCAUCUCCAGAGUUCACAAAACUUGUCUCUUUGAUGACCAACAGCUGUCUGAUACUGAAUCAGAGUGAUUCUGUCAGCAUGAAGCAUUUUACACAAGGGGACGGAGAAAGAUUUUUGCAGGCAUUUCUAAAUGCUCUAGAUGAUCUGCUUCUUGGUGGCUUCAAUGGUGAUAAUCAUAUAAUCUCAGCAUUGUUUAGUAUUGUGGAAAGCAUGCUAAAACUGAUAGGACCUCAGCUGUCAGUAAGCCAGACCAGGAGAGUAAGCGCUAAAACUGAUGUGGAGCUGUUAGUAAAGAGGGGCAAUUCUCCACCUGAGGGUCAUUUCAUGAUGAAUACUAGUGGAGCACAAUUGACCUCCCACUGGGACACAGCAACAGGAAAUACAUACCUCGGCUUUACGACUGCAGCUCUCCUCAGCUACAAAGGUCUGGAGGAAUCACUCAAUGGCUAUUUUGACCAUUUAGAGACACAGCAAAAGCAAACUUUCAAGAUCAAUUCAAAAGUAGUAACUGCCACUGUUAGUAACAAAGAGACAGACAAUCUAACGAAACCAGUAAAUCUCACGUUUUCUCACUUGGAGAAAAAGAAUGAGAAGCAUAAGCCUAUGUGUGUGUUUUGGGAUCCUGAACUGGAAGGGGGCGCGUGGUCAACACGUGGCUGCACUACAGUGAGAUCCAGUGCCGAUCAGACCGUCUGCUCCUGUUCUCACCUCAGCAGCUUUGCUGUGCUUAUGGCUCUCUAUGAUAUUGGGGAUGUAUACGAGCUGCGUCUGGUCACACUGGUGGGACUGCCGCUGUCUCUGAUCUGCCUCCUCAUCUGCAUUGUCACGUUUUACUUCGUGCGAUCCAUCCAGAGCACACGCAACACCAUCCACCUGCACCUCUGCAUCAGCCUCUUCAUCGCCUACUUUGUGUUCCUCGUGGGCAUCACCCGCACAGAGAAUAAGGUGGGCUGUGCAGUCGUUGCAGGCAUUCUGCACUACUUCUUCCUGGCUUCCUUCUGCUGGAUGUGUCUGGAAGGAGUGCAGCUCUUCCGCAUGGUGGUGCUGGUCUUCAACACAACGCUGAGACCCAUCUAUAUGUUUGCCGCUGGUUAUGGAGUUCCUGCUGUUAUCGUUGCCAUUUCAGCCACAGUGAACGCAAGUGGAUAUGGCACCGAUAACUACUGUUGGCUCAACAUUCCAGAUGGCUUCAUCUGGAGCUUUUAUGGGCCAGUUUGUGUCAUAAUUAUUGUUAAUGUAUUAUUCUUCCUCAUAACAAUAUGGAAGCUGGCAGAAAAGUUUUCCUCCCUCAACCCAGACUUAGACAGUCUACACAAAAUCAAGGCAUUUACGGUUACUGCAAUUGCUCAGCUGUGUAUCCUUGGCAUCAUGUGGGUGUUUGGCUGUUUUCAGUUUGAUGAAAACACUCUGCCAAUGUCAUACAUCUUCACCAUACUAAGCAGCCUGCAGGGGGUGCUGAUGUUCAUCCUGCACUGCUGGCUCUCAAAACAAGUGAGAGAGGAGUAUGCCAAAUUCCUGUCCUGUAUCUGUGCACCACACAAGAGGAAAUAUUCAGAGUUCACCUCAAACCAAACAAGCAAACUGCAGGCCUCCAGGAGCGAUAAUCACACUGGUGAAUCACACAUUUAAGAGGUCAUUUCCACAAACCAUUCAAUUUUUCAUCUGUUUGCAAGUUGGAGUGUCACAUUAUUUCUCUAUCUGCUUUCUGUGGAAAUGUUCAUAAAUUGUAUUUGGGGAAUUCUUCUUUUAGGGGAACUUUUUCUUUCCCUUAGGAUCAUUUUAUAAAAAAAAAAUUUUUAUAAUUUUUAAAUGCUUUUAAAGAAAGCUUUAUUUUUCCAGGACAUAUUUUAAAAGCAUCUCUCUUUUUUU